AAGGUUACUGGGUAAUGUAGUCCUUCGAUAUCAGCCGGGGAUGGCGGAGGCGGGGCGAGGGGUGGACUCCUCGUCCUUGCUCGCGUCAGUCAGGGGCCCUGGGCGGGGCUGGAGGACUAGGCGCCCCGGCUCGUCUAGCCGGGCCGGAAGUGAAGCCCCAGCCCGCAUGGCAGCAGCAGUUCUAACGGGAGACACCAUGGGCCCUGAGCGUAUCUUCCCAAACCAAAGCGAGGACCUGGGGCCACACCAGGGCCCCACAGAAGGCACCGGGGAUUGGAGCAGUGAAGAACCUGAGGAGGAGCAGGAGGACACAGGGGUAGGCCCAGCUGGCUACUCCUAUCAACCACUGAACCAAGACCCUGACCCCGAAGAGGUAGAGCUGGCACCCGUGGGGGAUGGAGAUGUAGUUGCUGACAUCCAGGAUCGGAUCCAGGCCCUGGGACUUCAUUUGCCUGACCCACCAUUAGAGAGUGAGGAUGAAGAUGAGGAGGGAGCCGCAGCACUGAGCAACCACAGUUCCAUCCCCAUGGACCCAGAGCACGUAGAACUGGUGAAAAGGACAAUGGCUGGAGUAAGUCUACCUGCACCAGGGGUUCCUGCCUGGGCUCGGGAGAUAUCAGAUGCCCAGUGGGAAGAUGUGGUACAGAAAGCUCUCCAAGCCCGGCAGGCAUCUCCAGCCUGGAAGUGACCACACUGAGAACUGCCUCAUCUCCCAACAUUCCAGACCAGAGCCAGCACAGGACUGAACACAUCUUUGAUUGUAAUGUCCAUCUCCAUCCUCUCUUCCUUUCACAUCAAGGAAAAUUAGACAUCUGCUCAGAGACCCAUUUUAUUCAAUUCUGUACAUAUGGGGACAUUGGCCCAAGCCCAACCCACUUAGUAUGUAUCAUUGUGGAGAAUAAAGCACCCUAUGUACACAGCCAAAA